UUUCUACACCUCUCUUGAGCUCCGCGAUUUCUCCGGUUGUCGUUUUUUUUUCUUUGGUAACACAGACAAGAAAGCUUCAUCUCCAAGAAUCCAAUUAGGGUUUCGUCAAAGAUCCUAAAGUUGGUGUCUUGAGAGAGAGAAGCCAACGGAGAUAAAGAAGAAGAUGAUAGCCACGCAGGCAAACCUAUUCAAACCGUCCUUGUUCUGUGCAAGGACGUCACAAACGAAACGUGUCUUUAAGAUACCGUCUUUGAGGACGAGUUUACGCUUUGAUUAUCAGCCACGCCGCAACUUAACUCUUCGGGCUUCUGCAUCAUCGACGUCUACUCAGUUUUCUCCUCUGCUGAGCCAUCGUUGUCGUUGGGAUCAGAGGAAAGGUCCUGCUGUUUGCGUGCUUGGUGGGAAGGAUAAACCUGAUGAUAGUAAUGGGAUAUCUUCACAAUGGAAAGAAAUUGAGAAAGCUAUGGGGAAGAAAUCAGUUGAAGAUAUGUUGCGUGAGCAGAUUCGAAAGAAAGAGUAUUACGACAGUGGCAACACUCCUCCACGAGGAGGGGGAAGAGGAGGAGGAGGAGGGUCAGGCGGUGGAAACGGAGGAUCUCAAGGCUCAUCAGGAGAAGGCGGUGGUGUUCCUGGUUUAGCACAUGAAACACUGCAAGUGGUUUUAGCAACCAUAGGCUUCAUCUUUCUGUACAUCUACCUCAUCAACGGGGAGGAGUUGUUCCGUCUUGCGAGAGAUUACUUUAGGUAUCUUACUGGACGACCCAAGAGUGGUAGGUUGACCAGAGUUAUGGACAGUUGGGGUAGAUUAUUGGAGCGUAUGUCGCCGAGGCAUAAAGUGUAUGACGAGUACUUACUGGAGAAACCGAUCAUCAAGACGCCUAGCUGGUAUGAGAGCCCUGAGAAAUACACACGUGUCGUGAAGUCUUACGCUGAUGCAAAUGAAGAUGAUGAAUAGCUUCUUUUUUUUUCUUUUGCCGAGUUAAGUAGUUUCACUUAUUAGACCAUGAACCGGUUUGUUUUAGUUUCGUCAUUGUUAUCUAACAAUCAGAUUGGUAGUAAAAUUACAAAACCUCAGUAAAAAUUUAGUAAUUAUUCAAGUAGGAUUUUUAAAAUCA